AUGGAUUUUGCUCUACAUCUUGAUAGUAACAGCGAAGAUAAAGCCCUCUGUGAUCGACUUGUGAAGUCUGCUGGGAUAACUUACUCUCAAUUUGGUAAUAUUGCUAAACUUGUCAAUAAACGAGAGUUAGGGUUAAUUGGAACAAAUGAUUUCUCCGAAAAUACACAACGUCAGGUCCUCUCUAUAGACGCUGGAUCUCUGAAGCGAUUGAGAUUUGAGCCCACAUCUAAGAGAAUAUUUAUGAAUGAUCCCCCAGAACGGCCGUUUGGAACUUUUCCUUGUGUAGCCUUCUCACAAUUGAAUGAGUCUGUUGAAGCUGCUCAAGAAGUUGCUUUUCCGAACAUCACACGAAGACCAGAAAAUAUAAUGAAAGUUCUGAGAUGUGAUGAUGCUAUCAGGGUUCAGAUUAUUGAUGGAGAGCCCUUUUAUAAUUUAGUAACGUUAGAGAAAAACGGAAAUCUCAUUUGUUAUGAUACUAAAAGUGAUUUAAGAGUGAGCCACACGGUAGCUGUUGGAAGAUUCAAAGGAGACCUUGAGUGGAAUAUUUAUGGAGAAGAUUUUUAUAUAUUUGUAGAAACCACGGAAGAUAAUGCACACAGUUUGCUCAUUUAUAGUUUCUAUCCUUUGAAGUGUAAAUAUAGAAUGAAAGUACCUAUCAUGCAGAACGUUCGCCACAUAUCCUUGAACAAAGACAUUCUGAAAUGCAGCUUAUGUAAUCGUACUGAGUUCUAUUAUUUGAAAGAUUUGUUAGAUCACCCUAUUAAACAGUACUCGAAGAGCAACCCUCAUUCGGAGAGCCCUGUCGAGUUCACUCUACCCAAUCUAGCGGAACCGUUCUUUUCUCUGAAUUUCAGCUCCUAUAACACUGAAGUGAAAUUAAUCAGCAAUCGUUUCCUCUCCAUCACUUUUCCAUAUCACGUGAAGACAGUUUGUUUCCGAGAUUUAUGCAUGGCUAAACAAAAUUCAUCAAAUUCGUGUCCUAACACUUUCUAUCAGUAUGAUCAAUUAUAUGUCCCGGAAGAAGAAUACAAUCGCUUCUAUCUAGCCAAAGAAAAUUGGAUAACUUGCCACAAGUUUUGCCUACAAGUCACUGAGAAAACAAAGAUAGAAACUGUUUGGAAGUUUGAUGUUUUUGCGUCCAAUAGUGUUCAUCCUCUAUUCAAUCUCAGUAGUUCGAAGAAGAGCAAUAAACUUUUCGCCGAAAAAGUCAGUCAGUUAUCGGAAGGAAAAGACUUUAAAUUCCUAAACUUGAGCGGGUUCGAAAACUACUUAAUUGCUGCUUGCCAUUUCUUGAUCUCUCCUCUCAGAGGCUUAUAUCAAUAUAAGGAUUUCUUGUAUCUGUUAGAUAUCCGUACUGGAAAAGCUCUAGCUAUAGCAUGUUUGCCGGCUGAUACUCACGCAAUGGAGAGUAUUCAAAACUUGACUGAUAAUAUGCUAUACAAUCAAGAUAUGCAUCUAGUUAGGCUGGGAAAACCCCAGAGAUCUCCUGGAAAGCUCUUAUUCUUCUAUACUGGAACUAAACAUAGAAAAGACUACUGGGAAUCAGAGGAAGGAAAAAUGGAACUCUAUAUUCUAUCACAGUUUCGCAGAUUGGAACGUUUGCGAGAAUUCUGA